GUCAAUUGCAAUUCGUUAAUUCUCGCACUUUUGGAGGUGAGUGUUUUUUAAGCAUAAAAUCAAGGAGAACAUAAAAAACAAGUUUAUUUUAAAUUUUAAAAAAUUACAUAACAGACCUAAGCAAAAAUGGCUCUGCCCGAUGGUCUUUCCAACAAAAUGAAGGUUUUCCAGGCCGUCAACGAAUUGCCCGUUUUUCUGAAAGGCGGACCAGCGGACAAGGUUUUGUUUGGCCUAACAGCUGGCCUGUGCGGCGUGGGCAUCCUCAGCUUCAUCCACUUGGUCUACACAAUGGGUUUCACCAAGAAGAAGGCUUAAAUUAAGCUAAAAAAUGUUGCUUUGAUUAAAUACAGUUUUAACUAAUUA